AUGGCGCCGAAGAAACAGCAGCCAAAGGUGGAGGAGGAGGUCGUGGUGCAGGAGUCAGAGGAUGAGCCAGAAGAGCCCGAGAUUUUGACAAAGUGUCUACGAGCUCCUGGACAGCUCUUCUAUGGCGAAGUAAAGGCAGGCUACAAACAGCGCAAGGGCCGAUGGAUCCGACAUGGCAAGGGGCAGCAGAUCAUGACGGCUGUGACGCCGAUGGGCUUGGGGCCCAAUCAGCGACCUGCGUUCGAGACCCUGGUCGUCAGCAUCUACGAAGGCGCCUGGGAGGAAGAUGUACCCUGCGGUGAAGGCAGGUAUCGUUGGAGCGAUGGCAGUUCCUACGAAGGGAACUUCGAGCAAGGGAGGAUGCAUGGUCAAGGCCGUUUU